AUGGGAGACGCCAUCAACGCCACUCGCGCGGCCGUCACCGCAAAGUCGGCCACCGAGCUCAUCGGCAACACGCCUCUGGUCCGCCUCAACAAGAUCCCUCAGAGCUUGGGUAUCGAGUGUGAGGUCUACGCCAAAGUCGAGCUCUUCAAUGCUGGCGGCAGUGUCAAGGACAGAAUCGCCCUGCGCAUGAUUGAGGAGGCCGAGCGAACUGGCCGCAUCAAGCCCGGUGACACUCUCAUCGAGCCUACCAGUGGAAACACUGGUAUCGGUCUGGCCCUCGUUGGCGCCAUCAAGGGCUACAAGACAAUCAUCACCCUCCCCGAGAAGAUGUCCGCCGAAAAGGUCUCCGUCCUCCGCGCCCUUGGCGCCACCAUCAUCCGUACCCCGACCCAAGCCGCCUGGGACAGCCCCGAGUCGCACAUUGGCGUCGCCCGCCGCCUCGAGAAGGAGAUCCCCAACGCCCACAUCCUCGACCAGUACGGCAACCUCGACAACCCGCUCGCCCACGAGUUCGGCACCGCCGAGGAGAUCUGGGCCCAGACGGGCGGCAAGAUCGAUGCCCUCGUCGCCGGCGCCGGCACGGGAGGUACAAUUUCCGGCAUUGCCCGCGGUCUGAAGAAGCACAACAAGGACGUCAAGAUUAUCGCAGCCGAUCCCCACGGUAGUAUCCUCGCCCUCCCCGAGUCCCUGAACAAGGAGCACGAGAACGAGGGCUACAAGGUCGAGGGUAUCGGCUACGACUUCAUCCCUGACGUUCUCUCCCGCGACCUCGUCGACAAGUGGUACAAGACCGAGGACCGCGAGUCCUUCCAGCUCGCAAGACGCCUCAUCGCUGAGGAGGGUCUCCUCGUCGGCGGCAGCUCUGGCUCCGCCAUGGCCGCUAUGGUCCGCGCCGUCAAGGACCUCGGCCUCGGAAAGGGCCAGACCGUCGUCGUCGUUCUCCCCGACAGCAUCCGCUCCUACCUCUCCAAGUUCGCUGACGAUGACUGGCUCGCCGCGAACGACCUCCUCCCCGAGGUCAACGGCCUCGAGACCCAGGCCACCUCCAACGGCAACGCCACCAGCGCAAAGGGCUCCGUCGACCCCUACGAGGGCGCCACCGUCCGCGCUCUCCGCCUUAAGCCCGUCAUGUCCGUCCCCGCGACCAGCCCCUGCUCCGAGGCGUCCGAGAUCAUGCGCGACAAGGGCUUCGACCAGCUCCCCGUGCUGUCCGCCAGCGGCCACAAGCUCGUCGGUCUCGUCACGCUCGGUAACCUGCUCAGCUACAUCUCUUCGGGCCGCGCCACGGGCUCCAGCCCCGUCAGCGACGUCAUGUUCGACUUUGGCCGCUUCGAUGAGGUCGUCACGGAUCCCAGGCAGGCUGGUGAGACGGGCGAGAAGAGCAAGAAGAAGCGCAACUUUGUCGAGAUUACCCUCGACACCCCUCUCUCCACCCUCAGCAAGUUCCUCGAGUGGAACAGCGCUGCUGUUGUUACUGAGAAGGCCGAGGGCGCUAAGAACCUGUCCAAGCCCGUGGCUGUCGUCACAAAGGUCGAUCUGCUCACCUGGGUCGUCAACAAGAAGGCCUAG